UUAUCAGUCCGCGGCUCUAUGAGCGACCGAGUGAGUGAAGGAGGAAUCAGAUCCAGUUGGACUUUAGGCGAGUGAACAUCUGAAGAGUGGAAGCUUCUCGCCUCAGCAUCAUCAGCAGAUUACAGGACCUUUUUUCCAUGAUAUGCAGCUGUAGAUAUAAUUAAGAGAUAAUGAAUGGGCAAAUAGGGACCUCGAGCAUCUCAGUCAGUGAUGUCUUAGCAAACACUGGAAUCAAAGAACCUGCAAUCAACUUAAAGCAAGAUGAGAAGAUUGUCGCUGCCACAAUUCACUUGGAUCACCUCAGUAAAGAUGAAGUGCUGAAAUUACUCAAGAUCAUUCAUCCUUAUGAUGAGAACCUUGAAAUUAAGACCAAAGCCAGUGGAAACGCUGGAGUGAGAUUUGGUGAUUUAUUUUUGAAGGGUGAAGCUCCAAAACUUCAAGCCCCAUCAGCUGACAUCCAUGGGUUGAAUGGGAAUUUAAGUUUCCCAGGCGUCAAAGGUAACCUCGAAGCUCCAUCGGUGAAUGGAGAACUCCCACAGAUGCAUCUGAAGGGUUCCACACCAGAGCUGACAGUCGGAGACGGCAGCAAGUUCACGAUGCCAACCUACGGCAUGACAGGGCCGAAACUUAAAGGUGCUAAUCUAGACGGCAGCAUAUCUUCUCCAACGCUGAACUCUCCAGAGGAGCUCAAGACACCAGAACUGUGCUAUAAAACUCCUAAGUUCAAGAUGCCAAACUUUCGGGGCAGUUCCACUGAUUUAGACAUCAAUACACCUGAUGUAGAUGGGAAUUUGCCAAAUGCUGAACUGAAAGGUCCAAAUCUUAAUGCAGAACUUCCAGAUGUUGAUGUUGAUGCACCCUCUGGCAAAUUUAAAUGGCCCAAGGCAAACUGGGGUCUCUCAAAGCCUAAAGUAAAGACACCAGAAGCUGACCUCUCUGCACCAAAUCUCAAAGCUGACAUCAAGACCCCAGGUGUGGAUGUGAAUUUACCUGACGCUGAGGUCAGCGGCCCUGAAGUUGGCAUUGAUACCCCAAAUCUUAACACUGACAGCCCAUCUGCUAAAAUUAAAUGGCCCAAAUUCAAGAAACCCAAAGGAAAAGUGAAAGGACAGUUGGGGGACAUUGAUGCAGAUGUGAAUACUCCAGAACUCAAUCUGUCAGCCCCCAAAGUGAAUGCAGGCAUCAAGGCACCAAACGUUGAUAUUGAUGUCCCAGAUGCUGAUCUUAAUGGUCCAAAAGUAAAUAUUGAUGCCCCAUCUGGAAAAUCCAAGUUCCCCAAUCUCAAGCUACCAAAGUUAAACUUAAAUAAACCAAAGUUGGAAGGGCCUAAUCUUGAUGCAGACAUAAAGACACCAGAGAUGGAUGUAGACAUGAACCUGCCCAAAGCUAAACUUGAAGGGCCAACCAUAGAUGCCAAAGCACCAGAUCUCAAACUCUCUGCACCAAAAAUAGAAGGUGAUAUUGGUACACCAGACCUAGACAUCAAAACUCCAGAUGUAGACCUGAAUGCUCCCAAAAUUGAUGCUGAAGCUCCACCCAUCAAAUUCAAGCUACCUAAACUACCCAAAUUUACUGCCCCUGGUGCAAAAAUCAAAGGACCAGAUGUAGAUGCUGACCUUAAUGUCCCAGAUGUUGAUGUCAAUGGAGGUGUGAACGUGAAAACUCCCACAGUUGAUGCCCCAUCUGCAAAACUAAAGAAGCCACAUAUUAAGAUGCCCAAAUUUAGUCUUACUGGCCCAAGAGUAAAAGCACCAAAUGUUGAUGCAAAUGUGCAAACACCGGAUGUAGAUGUGAACCUACCAUCAGGUGAGCUCAAAGGGCCUAAUCUGGACGUAAAAGCACCCAAGAUUGACGGUUCUCUAGCUGUUCCAGAUGUAGAUUUGCCCAAAGCUGAGCUGAAGAAUCCAAAUCUUAACCUUCAUGCAAAAUCACCAGAUUUCAAUCUCUCUGCUCCAGAUGUAGAUCUGAACCUACCAAAAGGAGAACUCAAGGGCCCUAAUGUGGAUCUUAAUGCCCCAAGUGUUGAUGCACCAUCUGGAAAAUUAAAGAUGCCACACUUCAAAAUGCCCAAAUUAAACCUCACUGGACCAAAGGUCAAAGGUCCAAAUCUUGAUGUUGGUGCAGACCUGAAUGCACCAAACAUAGACAUGGAUAUACCUAAAGCAGAACUCAAAGGACCUGAUCUUAACCUAAAUGCACCAAAUGUUGAUCUUUCUAGCCCAGAUGUGGACCUGAGCUUGCCAAAGGGAAGUCUUCAAGGCCCUGAUGUAGAUCUGAAGGUCCCAGAUGCCAACAUUGAUGCACCUUCUGGAAAAUUAAAGGUGCCACACUUCAAAAUGCCCAAAUUAAACCUCACUGGACCAAAGGUCAAAGGUCCAAAUCUUGAUGUUGGUGCAGACCUGAAUGCACCAAACGUAGACAUGGAUCUACCUAAAGCAGAUCUCAAAGGACCUGAUCUUAACCUGAGCACACCAAAUCUUUCUAGCCCAGAUGUAGACCUGAGCUUGCCAAAGGGAAGUCUUCAAGGCCCUGAUGUAGAUCUGAAGGUCCCAGAUGCCAACAUUGAUGCACCUUCUGGAAAAUUUAAGAUGCCAAACCUCAAGAUGCCCAAAUUAAACUUCUCUGGACCAAAGGUCAAAGGACCAAAUGUUGAUGCAGACCUGAAUGCACCAAACGUAGACAUGGAUCUACCUAAAGCAGAUCUCAAAGGACCUGAUCUUAACCUGAGCACACCAAAUCUUUCUAGCCCAGAUGUAGACCUGAGCUUGCCAAAGGGAAGUCUUCAAGGCCCUGAUGUAGAUCUGAAGGUCCCAGAUGCCAACAUUGAUGCACCUUCUGGAAAAUUUAAGAUGCCAAACCUCAAGAUGCCCAAAUUAAACUUCUCUGGACCAAAAGUCAAAGGACCAAAUGUUGAUGCAGACCUGAAUGCACCAAACGUAGACAUGGAUCUACCUAAAGCAGAUCUCAAAGGACCUGAUCUUAACCUGAGCACACCAAAUCUUUCUAGCCCAGAUGUGGACCUGAGCUUGCCAAAGGGAAGUCUUCAAGGCCCUGAUGUAGAUCUGAAGGUCCCAGAUGCCAACAUUGAUGCACCUUCUGGAAAAUUUAAGAUGCCAAACCUCAAGAUGCCCAAAUUAAACUUCUCUGGACCAAAGGUCAAAGGACCAAAUGUUGAUGCAGACCUGAAUGCACCAAACGUAGACAUGGAUCUACCUAAAGCAGAUCUCAAAGGACCUGAUCUUAACCUGAGCACACCAAAUCUUUCUAGCCCAGAUGUGGACCUGAGCUUGCCAAAGGGAAGUCUUCAAGGCCCUGAUGUAGAUCUGAAGGCCCCAGAUGCCAACAUUGAUGCACCUUCUGGAAAAUUUAAGAUGCCAAACCUCAAGAUGCCCAAAUUAAACCUCACUGGACCAAAGGUUAAUGAGCCUAACCUGAAUGCCAGUGCAGAUCUGGAUGUUUCUCUUCCUAAGGUUGCUGGAGAACUGAACACACCAGAUGUUGACCUAAAUCUACCUAAGGCUAAAGUCAGCGGACCUGAUGUUAAUGUGAAAUUACCCAAAGCUGAUGUUAAGGUUCCUGAUGUAGAUGUUAAAACUCCAGAAAUAGAGGCCCCAUCUGGAAAGUUUAAAUUCUUCACUCUCAAAAAAUCUAAAAUUGGUGCAUCUACUCCUAAAGUUAAGACACCAGAAGUUGACGUCAAUGCAUCAGUCAAAAGUCCAGACCUCAGCCUGUCAGCCCCAAAAAUUGAUGCAGAUGUUAAAGCUCCAAAUGCCAAUGUGAACUUGCCUACAGCUGAUCUCGAAGGUCCCAAUGUUGAUAUAGAUGCCCCUAAAGGAAAGCUCAAAUUUCCAACACUGAAAAAAUUUAAUUUUUCUAGUCCAAAAGUAAAAUCCCCCGAUAUUGACGAACCUGAUGCGAGCAUGUCGGCCCCCAAAGUUGAGAGCCCUAACGUCGAUCCAAAAAGUCUGCUUAUGUUCAAGACACACCGACUUCCCAACAGCAGAUUUGAUGAUCUCCUGCAAGAAGCUACUGGAGAUGUUGACCUGAACACCAGCCCGACUAAAACAGAAUCACCAUCCGGGACCAUCUCAGUUCCCACUUUCCCCAGGAAAGCUGGGUGGAGAUCAUCCACAGUAACUCUUGAUUCCAACGAACAUACACAAUCAAUAGACAUCAAAGAAAGGCUACGACUUUUUGCAGCACGUUCCAUGAGCGAUCUCAUGGCGCCUUCCGUCGAGAGCUCGGCGAGCGGAGAACUCCCAGACAGUCCUACAAAAGUGAAGCGAGGAACAUUUAAAGUAACAAAUCCUGAUGUGGGGAAGGACUAUCCGGUAGUGAACUCAACAAGCAAAGAAGAUAAACUUUCUCUGAGUCUGAACAACAUGCUCGGCUUGAACAACUCGGACGAUUAGCUUCAAGUCUUAAAACUUUAACCAUCUAAAAUUAUAAAAUUAUUAUUUCAUUAAAUUUCUUUUGUUUACAUUACUAUUAUGGCGGUCUUUGUUUUUCUAGACACAGUUUAUCACUAGACAUUAAUAUAAAGAUAUAAAGAUGUUUAUAACCUUUUACAGAAUUAUGUAAAAAAAAUAAUAAUUUUGUAUUUACGUGGGUGAAGUUUAAUAUAUUGUCCUAUAAAUAUAAAACUUGUAAUUAUUUUGUAUAAAGUGUCAGUAUGUCAUUCACCAACAUGUCAAUCAUGAGAUAUUUACAAGAAUGAUGAUAUGAAGGAAAACAGUUUGAAGUGUAUUUAGAAUAUAAACCUCUUUAUGUGCAAUUAACACUAAUAUAAUAUUGAAGAUCUUAAAAGACUUAAUACAUAUUUUCUUCAUAUUUUAUCAGUAUUGUUGCUAAUGGGAAAAAAACCUGUUUAUUCACUAAUGCUGUUAAAACUUUGUUUGCAAAAACUUCCCUCUUCUGUAACUGUAAAAUAUUCACAUGUAUUUUUUCAAUAAAUUAAAAUUUUACCUUGAA